AUGCCUGACAGUGCUUCCAGGGCAGAGGAGAAUGAGAAGAAUGGCUCUUCGGCGGCGAGCCCUGUCAGUCAACGGCCGAGUGAGCAGGUAGAGUUCAAAGAGGGCGGCUAUGGAUGGGUCGUCGUAGGCUGUGUCUUUCUCAUCAACGCUCACACCUGGGGCUUAAACUCAUCUUAUGCCGUGUUCCUCGCCUACUACCUCAACUCCGGAGCGUUUCCCGGCGCAAGCCCAAUCUCACUCGCCUUCGUCGGCGGGCUGUCCUUCUCCGUCGCCCUUCUCAUCGCCCCGAUUGUCACCUUCUGCAUCCCUCGCAUAGGCACGCAACCGACCCUCGGCAUCGGUGUCGUGAUCCAAGCGGCCGCUCUCAUUGGUGCAUCGUUCACGAGCCAGAUAUGGCACCUGCUGCUCUCUCAAGGCAUCGGCUUCGGCAUCGGCAUGGGAUUCACCUUUAACUCGACCGUCGGUGUGGUCCCGCAAUGGUUCGUCGUGCGCCGCUCGUUUGCAAACUCCAUCGCCACGGCUGGCUCCGGCCUGGGAGGUCUUAUCUACUCCCUGGCUUCCAACGCCAUGAUCCGUAACAUCGGUUUGCCCUGGGCGUUCCGAAUCCUCGCCAUCUUGUCGUUCGUUGUCAAUGGCGCGUGUUGUUUGAUGAUGAAGGACCGGAACAAGGCCCUCGGCAGCGUCCAUGUCGCGUUUCACAAGGACAUCUUCAAGAGGAUUGAGUUUUGGUUGUUUGUCGCGUGGGGCUUCUUCGGACUCUUUGGAUACGUCAUCUCUGUGUUCUCACUGGCGGACUAUGCGCAAACAGUCGGGUUCAGUGCUAGCCAAGGGUCUAUUGUGUCGGCUAUGUUCAACCCUGAGUUCUUUGGCAAAGUGUCUCAAGGUAUUGGCCGCCCGGUUAUCGGUCUGGUUAGCGACCGCUUUGGCCGCAUCAAUGUAGCCGGGCUAGGCACCAUCAUUGCCGGUCUCGCUACGUUCUUGCUCUGGAUUCUCGCCGCCAAGCACUUUGCAGGCCUCAUUGUCUUCGCCCUCUUUGGCGCAUUCGCCGGCGUGCUCUGGCCGACGGUUGCACCAGUUGGUGCUGAGGUGGUCGGAAUGCAGCUGCUUCCAUCAGCACUGUCUAUCUUCUGGAUUAUCCUCGUUAUCCCGGCAACGUUCGCCGAACCCAUAGCUCUGACAAUCAAAGGCUCCGGACUGAACGCGUAUCUCCCUGUUCAGCUGUUCACGGGAUUUAUGUACGUUGCGGCGUUCAUCUCUAUCUGGUUCCUCCGCGUGUGGAAAAUACGGGAGCUUGAGACCCUGGCCCUAUCGGAAGAAGAGCAAGACGACGCUCUGCGCAACAACGAUGCUGUCUCGCUGACAACUUCACGACGUACAGGACCCAAACCUGGUAUGAUGAAGUCGCUACUCAAGGGCAUGCUCACUAUUCAGCGAGUCUAG